AUGGUGUGUCUACAAAGUGUGAUCUCCUUCAUCGUAGCUCAGCAGUACCACUUCAUCAAUGCCUCCCUGACCUGGUAUGAAGCCCAGAGCUUCUGCAGAGUAAAGUACAGCGACCUGGCCACCGUGAACAGCAUGGGCGACAACAACCAGCUGGUCCACACGCUGGGCAGUCACGUGACACACAGCUGGAUCGGGCUUCUAAGAGGAAAGACUGGCAGGUGGAUGUGGUCCGAUGGCAGGGGCGCAGCACACUUCACCAAGUGGCAAGACGAUGAACCGAACAAUUCCGGAGGCAAUGAGUGGUGUGCAGAGACGUCUCCGACAGGCUCGUGGAAUGACGUACAGUGUGAAGAGGGAACCGGUUUUGCAUGUUAUGACCUCCAGCAGGAUGGAAAGCAGAGGUAUGUGUUUUACCUAGCAAGAGGAAGCUGGGAGAGCAGUCAAGAGCUGUGCAGGAGGGAUCACAUCGACCUGGCCUAUGUCAGCACUGAGGGGAAUCAUUCAGAGAUUGCCAAACAAACCGAGAAAUUUAGCAAGAGCAUGUGGAUCGGUCUGUUCAAUGAUGCCUGGAUGUGGUCGGAUGGAAGACAAACCUCCUUCAGGUACUGGCUGAGGGGCUCGCAUCAUCGGGGAGACUGUGCUUCUGUUGCAGUGUCACAGCAGGGACGCUGGGGGGAAGCCAAUUGUAACGAGAAGGCCCCGUUUGUCUGUCAUGGCGGUCUCAAAGAGCGGAAGAUAAUAAUAAGAAUGACGGUGCGCUCUGACGUCGACCUCACUGACUCUACACUCAAUGAUGCGCUCCUGGAAAAGUUGGAAAUGGGCCUGAGACAACGGAAGAUGACUGAUUUCAAUCUCAGCUGGCGAAGUGACAACAGUGGACGAGUCUUUCGACGUCGUGAGGACGCAGAGAAGAAGGAGGACAUGAGCUGA